AUGCAAUACUCCCUAGCUCUAUUCUGGCUACCUUUCAGCCUUGCCUUUCAUCUCCCCAAUGCCUUCAACAAGCAAGUACAGAGGAGCAAAACUCCAAUUAACGAAUGUUCCGCAGGACAAAUCAUCGAUCUUCUAAACAUGGAGACAUCUGACGAAGGGGGUUAUUUCUACCAGACCUUCAAAGACCCCGACGUCGUACCUGGCACGAACCGAUCUAUCAGCACGGCCAUCUAUUACCUUCUUCAAGGCUCUACAGGUCAAUCGCUCUGGCAUACACUCGAUGCCGCUGAGGUCUGGCACUAUUACGCUGGUGCACCUCUAGUUCUGUCUGUCUCUUACAACAACGGAUCUUGUGGCAAAGACUACGUUAUGGGACCAGAUCUUUUUGGAGGUCAGAGGCCCCAGGCGGUUGUCGAGAAAAGUCAAUGGCAGAGUGCAAGAAGCUUGGGAGAAUGGACGCUCGUUGGUACCACAGUCGCACCAGGGUUUGAUCCAAACGGACAAGUUCUCAAACCAAAAGGCUGGGAGCCAAAAUCGUGCAAACCGACUCAGUGA